CGUACUUACGUCCUUCUUCUUGGGGAAACCGUUGUACCGUGAGGACGUGUCGAAGAUAAUUGUUAAAUAUCCAAUAUCUGAAAUAAUUAUCAUAAUCAGUAUCGUAGAUUAUUUAAACAAACCUCCAACAGAACCGUCUCGUUUAAAUCAAUAAUAACGAAAGAAAAUUUGAAGUGAAAUAAUAUAAUCAAACACAUAAUAUUUAUAAAUAUAAUAACUUAUUUAUUUCUGUAUUGUGCAGUUUUUCGUGAAUUUGUGGACUAGUUCUGGUACAGGAGAUUAAUAUCGUAGGAACCUCGAGAGCAUUGGAAUUGCUUGAAACGUGCGCUCAAAAAAUGUUAGUAAAAUGGGAAAGAAAAAUGUUAAUGCUGAACCAGUGAAUGAUGCCAGAAGCGACGAGAAUAAAUGUGAGAAACCGGUUCCCAAUGUUGAAGAAAAUUCUACAAAAAAUGGAAAAAUCAAAGAUCAUCCUGGUGAAGUUUUAACUAAGAUGCUGACAAGUAAGAUAGUAUGUGAAGAUAACAAUAUGCCUGAAAGACUAGAACAUCAGAAUGAUUUAGUAUGUGAACAGAGGCUGCUCAGCAAUGGUUGUAAGACAGCAUUAGAUGCCGAAUUUAAAGAUAAUGAUAAUAAUUGCAUGGCAGUUUUGCAUACGGCUGCUAAAUCUGAUCACGUAGACGCGAUUCAAUUUCUGAUAAACGAAAAAGCGGUCUAUUUUAAUGUUAAAGACAAUGCCGGCAUGAUAGUUUUGCAUGCGGCUGCUGAAUCUCGACAACAGGACACGGUUAAAUUUCCGGUGGAUGAAAAAGAGAUCGAUUUUAAUGCUAGAAACAAUUGUGGCAGAACAGCUUUGCACGAGGCUGCUGCAUCUGGAAACUUGGAGACGGUUAAACUUCUGAUAAAUGAAAAUGCGGUCGAUUUUAAUGCUAAAGACGACGAUGGCAUGACAGUUUUGCAUGUAGCUGCUGAAUCUGGUCAUUUGGACAUAGUCGAAUUUCUGGCGUACGAAACAGAGAUCGAUUUUAAUGCUACAGACAAAUUUGGCAUGACAGUGUUGCACCUGGCUGCCAUCUCCGGUAAUUUGGAGACGGUUCAAUUUUUGCUAAAUGAAAAUGCGGUCGAUUUUGAAAUUGCAGACUAUGAUGGCAAGACAGUUUUGCACUGGGCUGCUGCCUCUGGUAACUUGGAGAUGGUUGAAUUUCUGAUAAACGAAGAAGGUGUCGAUUUUAACGCUAAAGACAAAGUUGGCAUAACAGUUAUGCACGGGGCUGCUAUCUCUGGUAACUUGGAGAUGAUUAAAUUUCUGAUAAAUGAAAAAGCGGUCGAUUUUAAUGCUACAGACGAUCAUGGCGUAACGGUUUUGCAUGCGGCUGCCGAAGCUGGUCAUUUGGACAUGGUGAAAUAUCUGAUCGAUGAAAAAAUGGUUGAUUUUAAUGUUACAGACAUUGGUGGCACAACAGUUCUGCACGCAGCUGCCAAAUCUGGUCACUUGGACACUGUUAAAUUUCUGAUAAAUGAAAAAGAGGUCGAUUUUAAUGCUAAAAACAAAUCUGGCGUAACAGUUUUGCACAAAGCUGCUAUCUCUGGUAACUUGAUGAUGAUUAAAUUUCUGAUAAAUGAUAAAGCGACUGAUUUUGAAACCAAAGACUAUGACGGCAAAACAGUUUUGCACUGGGCUGCUCAUUCUGGUAACUUAAAGAUUGUAAAAUUUCUUAUAAAUGAAAAAAUGGUCGAUUUUAAUGCUAAAGACAAAUCUGGCACAACAGUUUUACACAGGGCUGCUAUGUCUGGUAACUUGAGGACGGUUAAAUUUCUGAUAAACGAGAAAUCGGUCGAUUUUAAUUCUAGAAACUAUGAUGGCAUGACAGUGUUGCAUACGGCUGCUAAAUCUGGUCACUUGAACGUGGUUAAAUUUUUGAUUGAUGAAAAAGAAGUCGAUUUUAAUGCAAGCGACAAUCAUGGCAGAACAGUUUUACACACGGCUGCUGACUCUGAUAACCUGGAGACAGUUAAAUUUCUGAUUAAUGAAAAAGAGGUUGAUCUUAAUGCUAGAGACAAUCAUGGUAGAACAGUUUUGCACACCGCUGCGAAUUCUGGUAACCUGGGGAUGGUUAAAUUUCUUGUAAAUGAAAAAGGUGUCGAUUUUAACGCUAAGGACAAAUUUGGCACGACAGUUUUACAUAUGGCUGCUAACUCUGAUAACCUGGAGAUAGUUGAAUUUCUGAAAAAUAAAAAAAGAGAUCAAUUUUAAUGCUGAAGGCGAUGACGGCAGAACAGUUUUGCAUACAGCUGCUAAAUCUGGUCACUUGGUGACACGGGUAAAGGAAGAAAAGGUCGAUUUUAGUGCUGAAGAUAUCGAUGACUGCUCAUUUUUAUAGUUGAAUUCCAGAAAAAUAGGGAAACUGUCGUCUACCAGAAGAAGCUUUAACAUCAUUAGUUACUUCAGCAAGUAUUUGUAAGCUGAGAAAUAGUAGCAGUUCUAUUUCACACUCUUGUGUGACACGGUGUCACAUGAUGUGUGAGGUGAAGAUAGAAUCAGGCAAGCAAAAUAUUGUGAAGAUGGGAAAAUGGCAUGAAGUGAGAAAAUAUGGAUCUUUUUAAUAAGGCUGAAUUUAUAAUAAAUCAAUGAUCAAAUGUGUUGUUUUAAGCAAUAUCUGAAUAAUCAUCAUGCUGCCAAAGAAGUGUUUCGUAUAGGAAUUAUGUAUUCUUCAGUGAUCUUGACUUUGUAAAAUUGAUUUCACAAUUUAGUAGCUGAAGGACUGCUUCAAUUUACUAUAACCAUUACCUUUAGAUGACUUUAAAUUCAAAAACUUAGAUACAAUCAACAGAGACGGUAUUAUCGUUAUAUUGUUAGAUUUGUCUACCAGUUUUAUUAGUUUAUUAUGAAUAUGUAAUUGGAUUCAGAAAUCAUCAAAUAAUUUUCCAUAUUAUCGUUUUUCUUAAUCAAACCCGCAUUUCUGAACUCAAGGUGAUGCGAAGUCCAAAAUAUAUGAUAUCAUUUAACGAAAGUCAGGCUUGCCUUAAGUAUUUUUUAGGGAAAACAUAAUUUGCUUUGUAUUCAAAACAUUUUGUUCACAGAUUACUGGAAAUGUCUAAAAAAUAGUGGUUCAUGUUAAUAAAUAAAUUCUACAUUUAGCUUCGCAAGUUUUAAUUUGAAUAAACAAUCUGAAAAUA